AUGUACAAGUUCUUGUUGGGCGUUUGCAACCACUACAACCGUGGAAGCUCUUCAUGCUUUAAUUUUCCAAUUACAAAAUCCUCCAAUGCUAUCCGUGCAACAGCUCAUCGACUGCAAUGCUGCCAACCACAGGGUAUCCAAAGAACCUGUGACACUGUCAAGGAAAAAGGAGAUGGUCUAGAGAUCGAUGCCUAUGCAAUCGUGAACCCGAGGAAUGAGGACCAGCUCGCCUAUGCUCUCUACGAACAGCCAGUAGUGGUCGGGAUCAAUGCCCACGGCUCUAACUUUUCACAGUACAGAGGCGGGAAAUAUCGCUCGAAAUGUGGCACAGACAUUAGCCAUUCGGUUUUACUUGUUGGGAUGCGGAUUGACAAAGCUACCAUUGACCAGUACUGGAUACUCAAGAACUCAUGGAGUGAAAAGUGGGGUGAAGGAGGGUUCAUGAAAUUGUUGAAAAAUGACGACACUCCCGGUGGUCACUGUGGCACUCCACGGACAACUAUAUAA